AUGCUAAGAAGAAGGAAAUCUAAUAUUGAUGGUAGUGGGGAGGAGUGCGGCACUAUUGCCGAGUGUGAUUUGAUAUAUCCUUUUCAAUCUGAUAGUGAGGACAGUGAUAUUACGUUUCCUCAAAUUCAAGACCAAUUAGGUGGAAGUAAAAAAGAGUUAGACUUUUUUAAUAUAAUAUUCGACAAUGCGUUUUGGGAUAAUAUUGUUCAAGAAACGAAUCGGUACGCAGAACAAACAAAAAGCUGUACACAUACGAGAAGGAUAAUUGAUGAAACUUGGACGCCAGUAGAUCGCAAUGAAAUUAAAAUAUACCUUGCAUUAUGCAUCAUAAUGGCUCAAGUAAAAAAACCAAAAAUCCAGAUGAACUGGUCUAAAAGAGCCAUUAUAGAAACACCCAUUUUCCGAAAAUGUAUGCCACUAAGAAGAUUUUUACAAAUCACUAGAUUUCUCCACUUUGCAGAUAACGAUGCAGCUGACAACACGGAUAAAUUACGCAAAGUGACACCUGUGAUAAACUAUUUUAAUGAAAAAUUUAGAGACGUAUAUAUAAUGGAAGAGAAUAUAGCGAUCGAUGAAUCACUGAUGAAAUUUAAGGGACGUAUGUCUUGUAAACAAUUUAAUCCUUCGAAAAGGGCGAGGUUUGGGAUUAAAUUUUAUAAACUCUGCAAGUCAGCAUCGGGUUACUGCUAUAAUUUUAAGAUCUAUGCAGGAAACGAUAAAACAACUCUUGAUUACAGUGCAUCUGAAACUGUUGUGAUGGAGUUAUUGCAAUCAAUACGAGAUAAAGGACAUACCUUAUAUAUAGAUAAUUGGUAUUCUUCGCCAAAAUUGUUUCUAACUUUGGUUAGAAAUGGAACAAAUGUUCUUGGGACAGUACGUUGUAAUAGAAAAAAUAUGCCGGGAGAUUUUGUUAAAGCAAAAUUAAAAAAAGGAGACUGUAUAAUAAGAAGUUGCAAUGGCAUACUAGCGUUAAAGUGGAAGGAUAAACGAGACGUCCAUAUUCUUUCAACAAAGCACGAAAGUGCAGAAAUGAUUGCGCAAAACGAAAGUUAUCCAAGCCCUAUUUUCAAGCCGAAAUGUAUUAUAGAUUAUAAUAUGGGAAUGAUUGGUAUUGAUCGCCAGGAUCAGGUAUUAGCGAGUUUCCCUAUAAUGAGAAAAUUCGUGAAGGGAUACCGAAAAAUCUUUUUUUACAUGUGCGAUAUGGCACUUUUGAAUUCAUAUAUUCUGUACAACAAAAGCAGUAUGGCAAAAAAACAGAAUUACACUGAGUACAGACUUCGAAUAGCUGAAGGAUUAUUACAAACCGUCCCAUUACCAAAUUAUAACAGACAAGAACCAUUAUCGAACGGAGAUAUACCAAUGAGGCUACAGGCGCAACAUUGGGGUCACUUUCCGAAACAUAUAGAUCCCACUCCAAUGAAAAAAAUUUCAACAAGAGCUUGCAAAGUUUGUACGAAACAUAAGAAAAGGUGUGAAACUACAUGGGAAUGCAUAAUCGUUCUGCUGCAGAUAUUGGCUCUCGAAUUCCUGUCUGCUUCGUAA